UCAAAGAAAGCUUUGUAAGUAAUCAUCUAAAACAAGCCAGAAUGUGUCAAAUACCGUUACUUCUGGUGUCACAAAUGUUAAGUCAACUGUACAGAAAUUUAUUCAAAAGCUCCCCAAAUCACUCCGAAAAAUUCGGGGCUGACCAAAUUGACCUUAAAAUAUCCGAAAUGGAGCAGAAAAUCUCACGUCUUGAAGAACAGAAUGAAGAGUUGAGAAAACAACUCGAGUAUAAUCGCAACAAGGAAGCAGCUUUGCAAAAAGUGCUUUGCAAUUACGACAACCUCCUUAAAAAAAUCAUAACGGAACGAAACUGCAAACCCCAAGACGACUCCACAUUUCAUUUGGCCAACCUUGAGGCCGCUUUCUACGAUUUGCUGCGUAAAUACGAGAAAGCAAAAGUUGUAGUGCACGAUUUUCAACAGAAUGAGACCGCGUUAAAAAAGCAAGUGAUAGAGUACGAAGACAUUCUCGAAAACUUGCGCGCAAAAUUUGUGGCUUACAAGUCACUCUCUGGCAAGAAAAUCGAGAAGACGGGUCAAUUGUCGUUGAAGAAGACGAAAAGUUGUGACAACAGCAAGACGAAAAAGCGCCUAAUGACUACGAUUUAACUUCACCUGGUUUAGAAAUUCAACGACGAUGUUUGUCCCCCAUUUGUCUGGUUUCAGUAAAUGUAGAUUUUUGAAAUAAAGGACCAAAUUGCCCUUC